AUGUACAAAGCCAGAAAAAAAUCCCUCCGUCCAAUCAAACUAUACAGCAGCGAGGAAGCUGGCAGGCCCAGAUGGAAAAAACAACGACUUGAGCGAGGAUCCAGAUCGAUGUUCCAUGCCCUCCCCCCUCGUCGUCCAUGGCCCCAGAGUAUACAUAGAUAG